AUGUCCGCACCGCCACCACCACCUCCACCAGGCUUGGUUGGGAAGACACAGUACCACUAUUUCACCAAGGACGGUGGCCCGCCAAACAAGGGCGCCCCUCCAAGUGGUCCUCCGGCAUCUGGAGCAGGAGCAGGACCCGGACCAGCGUUCGGUCUACCACCCCCAUACUCAUUCUUCCCUCCCCCACCGCAACCACCGGCGCCUUCGGGGCCUCCGAGCGGCCCUUUCUUCAUUCCACCCACCUCUGGCUUUCCCGGCGCAGUAUGUUUUCCAGGAGGUGGCGGCAAUCCUCCGCCUCCACCACCUCCAUCAGCAGGAGCCGUGUGGUUUCAACCACCACCGCCACCACCAGCGCCGCCUGCUCCUGCAGCUCCAGCGGCCCCAGCUCCGCCUCCACCUCCGCCCGAUGUCCGCGGUGCCAUCAACCACGCCGCCUCGCAACCCCCGGAACCCCCCGUCAGCGGGAACCGCGUCAAAGACCGCCUUAUGGUCGUCAAGGAUACAGGCACAGGGUACGUCGCGUCCAAACAGAACGCCACGUUCCACCUGUUCACAUACAACGUGCUGGAAAAGUACACGGUCAACUCGCACGGACAAUUUUAUAUCCCACCCCACGCGUGCGAGCCGUUCCGAGUCAUGACGGCGUCGUGUUCCAUGCCGAUUGAGGAACUCAUUGAACAACUCGACUGUGUCAAGGACGCGCCGCCUAAUUAUCCCCGGUAUGCGAUUGGACUGGCCGAGGCCCUAGAUGUCGGAAACGGCUGGUUCCAGGUCGGGACUAAGUUCUUUCUGGAUGAGGCUCAUUCGGCCAUGACUAUUAAGCAGGCUUGGGGGGAGAGUGUGGGUGAGGCGGGGGAGGCGAGGCCAAGGUAUUUGGUUCGGAUGCCGUAA